AUAUUAAAGGGAGUCGUGUCCAGCAGUACAUAUCCUUGUCACAUCGCAAAAACAACUCAGGAGUGGACCAUCUUCAAUUGCAAUAAUCAUCAAACAGCUGUGACGGAAAAAUUCCUGUGUCUUGUUUAUACUUUUAAGGGACAUCAUAUUCUGCUCAACGCACGAAGACCAUGGUCAGAAGAAUAAAAAGUAUUUCCGAACUGGAAGACUCUGGAUUUGGUCAGCCUUGGCCGAGACAUGGACUCAAACUCUUGUUCUGGUUUGCUGAUGACUGUAUUUGUUUUUGUAAUGAUGACAUGUUCCUCCAGUGUGACCCAACGAGCGGAGAUUUUGGAUUUCACUGUUUUGAGAACAGAAGGAACCAACAUAAUGUGAAACUGCUCCCGGAAUUGAAUUUCACCUACUAUGUGGUCGGCAAUCUGAAUUACCCAGGAGCUGAAAUGCUUCCUUACUAUGUUGAGGAAGACUACACUGACUGGAGGGAGGACAACAGUAAUGCAGACCGCAUCAUCGUCAGCGUUCAUGAAGAGAACAGUGUUGGGAAAGUUUACUUGACCACACACAAUGAUCUGUCAAAUUAUGACCCACGUGCCACAUUCCACAUUACGAGGACCCUCCUCAAAACCAUCAAAUCAUACCAGAAUAUAGUCGACUUUCUGAGGGACACUGGGUAUUAUCCACAGUGCCAAGCUGAGACAUCUAAUCAGCCAGUUUCUCCUGCACCUCAGUGGUAUUACAGCCCACGGGGUCUUCAGUGGGACACAAGGUAUCAAUGCCAAGCUGAGACAUCUAAUCAGCCAGUUUCUCCCGCACCUUUGAGAUAUAACGACCCAGACUAUCAUAUUGACAUGGAAUCACCCCCUGUUUUAAACAGCAAUACAGAGAUUUGGAUAGAAGAUGACACACCAUCACAAAACCACCCUGAGAACUUACCCAGGAAGAAGGGAUUGUUGGAACGUUUCUGUACCAUACUUUAAGAACUCCUAGUGUCUGUUCCAAAACAUCACCAUACCCACUGGCUGUUCCAAAAUGUAAAUGUAAAUAUGUAAUCAAGGUAACAUAAUAUAUAUAUUUAUAUCCAGCCCAAGAAGGCAACCUCAGAAUUCAUUGUGAUAAACUCGGUUAAAAAAAUUAUUCCAAGAUGGCGGAUGAAGCAUGACAUUUUGAUUAUAAAUAUACUUAUAAUCCAUUCAGUACUUAAAAGUAUCAAAUAAUGUAAAACAAACUAUUUCACCCAAAAUGUGUGUGUGCUAUGCAUAUUUACGCUCAUUAGUUAUUAUUAGUCAUUCAUUAUUUUCUUGCAGUUUUAACCUCUUGAGACCCGACCCGAGCGUGACUGAUGUGUGCAUUUUCCAUUCCCCUUAUGAUUUGUAACUAGUAGCCCUUAAGAAACAUAAAAAAAAAAAAUGCAUGUUUUUUUUUUUGCAGUUUGCAAUUUCAGUCCCAAAGACAAAGGUCGGCACCAUGUUGUUUUGUCACAUGACUCUGUGCGUCCAAAGUUUAACCCUAUAACGCCAGCCCAGAUUCUUCUGAACUGAGUUCAGUCUGAUUAAAUUAAAUUAAAUGAUGCAUAGCCUAUAGAGAAGCACAAACUAAUGUCCAUGCAUGUGGAUGUGGGGUCUCAGGAGAUUAAAUCAAUGAAUGAAUGAAUUAAAAUUAAAACAUCAUUAAACACAUUUUCACAAAGUGUCUUCAAAGUAUGUGCCAAAAUUCAAUAAAAGAAAAUUAGUUCAUAAUUCAUCCAACAAUUCAUUUUAAUUUUCACAGUGACUAUGGAUUGUGCCUGUCAAGCAAUUGAUGAUUUGACUUUCCAUUUUCACAAUCUUUAGCAAGACUGCUAAUAUUAAAAUGAAAAGGCAAAUGUGAAAAAUAAAUCAAUUGAAAAUUAUUUUUUUCCAAAGCUUUUUUCAUAAAGGGGUCAUGAAAUUGAGAAUCAAAAUUGUAACUGUUUUG